UUAAUUGAGUUUCCAUCGUUUGACAUAUAAUUGGGCAAUAGUCAGCGUUGCGUGACAGUUUGCCAAUCAUGAUUGCAUGCCGAGUAUACAAAGCAGAAAUUAACAACACAAACUCUUCGUAGCCAGGCAGAACAUUCUCACGAAGGGUUAAAAGAAGGGUUGCUGGAGAGUCUUGCUCAGAGGAAACGCAGACAAGGUUACCAAGUUGGGUACAUUGGCCUAAAGCUCUCCGAUCACCCUUUUCUUUCAGACGGUAGACGCGAUUGUGGAAGUUGACUAAGACGCAGUGCUUGGAAGAGUUUUGUGCUCCCAUACUGAACGUGAACAAACAUGAAUACAGAAUACAUCUCCAUGAGAGCUGAUCAAAUGGACAGGCACCAGAAGGUUUUCACUCGAUGGAUUAACCUACAGCUGGCAAAAGCAAACCCUCCUGUUAAAGUCACUGACCUUACCGAUGAACUCAAAGAUGGACAGAUACUGCUUACUCUUGUUGAAGUGCUUCUCGGAAUUAAAGUUUCAAGAGAGACGAAGAAAAAUCGCAUUAGCUACAUCAAAAAUGUUCAGGAGGCUAUGCGAAUUCUGGCCAGAAGCAAGGUUCGAACAGCUGGUGUUAUUGACAGCGACAUAGUGGCUGGAGUUCAGCGAGCCUCUUUAAGCUUGAUAUGGAGUAUUAUCCUACAAUUUCAGGUCACUGAGACAAUCCAGCCUGCUCUAACGGAUUAUGGGGUGGACAAAAAGCUGUUAGCUUGGUGUCAGGAUCGCCUAAAAGGAUACAAAGAGAAAGUCAGUGUGUCUAACUUAACUAGCAGCUGGCUCGAUGGUGUAGCGUUCAAUGCGCUUCUUCAUUCCUUCAACCCCUCCUUGUUCGAUUUUGAUGCAAUCAGUGCCGAUUAUCUCGAGAAGCGAGUUACGCAUGCAUUUAAUCUGGCAACCACCUCAUAUGGUGUACCACCCCUUUUCGAAUCCAAAGAUAUUGGUACGGACUCACCGGAUAAGAAUAUGAUAACGCUGUUCUUAUCAUAUUUGUAUCAAUCUGUGGAGAAAUACGCAUGCUGCGUUGAAGUCUCGAGGAAAGAAGGAUCACUCUCCGGGGUUACGAGAAGGGAAUAUGAAGUCGAGACUACUUCUACCAGUUUCGAGAGCUCGCGAUCAAGUGGCGCCACGUACGACGUUAAAACCUUUACCACAACACGUGAAGAAAGGAACGAUGGAGUGUUCCAUGACAGCAACAUAAACAAGGAAGUGGGGCAUGAGCGAGUUUUUAAUAUUCAAGGCUUUCCUACAGAGAUCCAAAUUUCAGAGCGAAAAGCUUUUGUCGUGUCUCCGUUUCGAAAACCUACUUCAAGUUCUUCUAGAAGUUCCUCCUCAGCUUCAAGUCCAACCUUCAAGGAUUCGGAAACUAAGGAGCUUAUGGAGGAGCCUUUAAAGUUCACAUCAUCUCCUGAAAGGUCAGGAAAAGAAUCGUACGCGUACACUGUAACAACGAUACAACGAAGUAUCACAACAACAGAUGACUAUGUCACGUCCACACAGACUACCAACGAGUUGUUCAGCUCUGAAGAUAAUCAAAACGCUUCAGCAGCCAAGCAAGCCACAACGGGAACCCAAGUAACAAUCAAGGGUCAGGACAGCUUCACGAAAGGAAAAACAGGAGACGAUGAAAAGAUCACUAGCCAGAGUCGCGACGGUUACGACACAGAAAAGAAACUUAUAUACACAGUUGAGGGAGAGACACCUCAAGCUGCAGGUGCAGGUGCAGAGAACGUCACAACGGUGACUGAUGUUACAAGGGAAAAAAGAACAUACAAGGCAGUAGAUAGUGUUGGAGUAAAAGAAAACAUUGGAAAAGGACAAGAACAGGAAUCUGAUGACAAAGCUGCCAAUCAGCGCUCUGGGAAUAAAACAGUCACACCAAACAAGGAAACAAAGGACGAAGAAAUCAAAACGACUGUUGUAAAAAGAUCGAGUGGCAGCAGAGAAGUUUUGUUGAUAUCCACGGAAAGCAUUUCAGGUGAGGGCACGCCAAAGACAACAGAACUUGCUAAGGCAACUUCUUGGCGUUCAAUUAGCCCUGACAAGAAUGAUGAACCAGAUUCAGGCGAAUCCCCGAUUCAAUAUUUCAAACAUGACAAGGAUGACUCAACUUCUCCCAGAUACGUGACACAGAUUGAGAUCAAUUUGGGAGGAGAAAGAAAAAAUACAGGAGGCUCUACCAACUUCGUUGAUUAUCUAAAGAGGAAAUUAGAUGGAGUAGAUCAGAGGUUGUGUGAUCUGGAGUACGGCUCUAAACAUUCCGACAAGGAUUCCAUGGACUUGAAGACCACUAAGAAUGCUUUGGAUCAGCAUAAGGAGGUAAUGUUUGAGCUGGAGUACGUCGAGUCCCAGACUUAUGAUGUCUUAGAAGAAGGAAAGAACCUGGUAAAUGAGAGAUGCUUUGACCAUGCACACGAAGAUUACUUCAACGAUAGAAUGGAUGCAACGGAAGGCAAACUGAAAAGGCUCGAGGACAGCAUCAACAAGGAACAUCAAAGGUUGUUGGACCUUUAUAUAAUUUUACUCAAACAACAUUUGGAGCGAAUGAAUGAUUGGCUGGUCCGUGCAGAGUCCCGGCUGCAGUUAGACGAUGACGUGGAGCCAACUUAUGAGGGAGUGCAGACGCAAGUCACCAAUCAUCAGAAAUUUCAAGAGGAGUUGGCAAAUCACUCCAUGGUGAACAUGAUCUUAGACGUGGACUUGGAAGAUCCUGCUAUAGAUGAAACCAUCAGGGACUGGGUUAAGGUCUUGAGUGAGCGCUGGGCGGCAGUGUGGACAUGGGCUGAGGAGUGGAAAGAGAAGUUGAACCAGGCCCUUGUCGACUGGAAUAAAUUACGUGAAGAGGAAACAGUAUUGUUGUCAUGGCUAUCAAGUAAAGAGCAAACACUGGAUGUGAUUGCCCAGACUGACAUCACAGAUGACGAACAAGUUAAAAUGCAUUUGAAUCUGCUAGAGACAAUGGAACGCGAGAUGGAGACACAAGGAACGCGUUUAGGUUCGCUCCACGAGACUGGAGAACAGCUCAUCAAGGAUGCUGACUAUCACAAUUCGACUGCUAAGGGAAUCCGAGAUCAGCUGGAUGACUUUGAUGGAUGCUGGGCGGAUAUCACUAAAUCGGUCAAGGAGAGAAAAGAAAUGCUUCAAGAUGCCCAAAGCAAAGUUAAACAGAUGGGAAACUUGAUGAAAGAAGUUCGAGCUUGGUUGGACGAGGCAGAGGAUUUUAUCAAGUUCCUUCGUGAACAAAAUGACCCACAAAAGGAAAUCCAAGAAAAGAUUGAGCUGAAAUGUGAAGAAAAAGAGAGAAAUCAACUUAAAGUCGACGAGAUCAACCGCCUUGAAGACGCACUCAGCAGUAACAUCGACAAGACUUCAGACUAUUACAUGAAAAGAGUCACCAAGCCAUUCCACAAGAGAUGGAAUGAUGCGACAAUGGCGUUAGACAGGUAUCGCAACGAAGAUUACCCAUUCAUCAAGCCGGACGACUGCUUUCUGAUCAAAUGCUUCAAGAAAGCCAUUGUGGCAAAUUAAGUGAUUUUGGUAACAAUUCUGUUGCAAAGAUGUAUAUCAUAGGUAAUGGGGGUUACUAUUUGGAUACUAUUUUGUCCAAGUUAGUCCAUACAGAUGGAAAAGCGUCUCCAGUGCUAGAAAACAGCAAAAUGAGAGGAGAAAAGUCUUAUUGAGACAUGUUCCUUACAAGAGCUAUGGGGACUUAGCUAUAGAGGAGUUUCUGCAUAUCCAAUAAUUCUAAACAGCAGUUCAUAAAACAAGACAAAAACAUUUCUUUUUCCGCCGUGUUAUAUUAAAUGGUUUUGAAAGUAGCCAGAGCUUGUGGCUUGUCAAUUUGUCCUGUUUAAUCGAAUAGUAGGAGAAACGCUCUUUUCGUUCACAAUAUAAUUGUCUGGAAAAUUAUCCGUAUUCAGACCGGGCUUUUUCUGUUUUCUAUAAACGUGUUCGGGAAGGGGCAGGGGGCGGAAGCCUCACGUUCGCUGAAGGACUAGCAAUACUGCUUUUAGGUAUGUAAAUUACGUUGUAUCUUUGCCACCAUUUUAGAUGAAUAUGAACAAACACCUUCCAGUGUAACCUCACCCAAACCGCAGAUGGUCAAAAUAGGUCUGAAUUCUCUGAAUUGGGAAUCUUUAAUGAUUUGAUAGCGCACCAGCUACUAUUGGCUCGAUAAGACCGGUUAAAGCUCAAAUAAAUUUAAAUUCGCUUAUCCAAGAAUUUAUAAUUAACCGUGGCAAACUAAUCAGCAUCAGUAGAGUCUUAUAUUGCAUCGUUGUCAAUAAAGUACACAUUUAAAAUUUGGUGCAAUUAGUGCUGUACAAAGUAACAGACUGUAGGCGAAAACAUGCAUUCUACCUGCUCAUUUCAAAGGGAACAAGGUCACCCGGGGUACUUAGAUUGUGUGGCAAGUUGGCCUGAUUCCAUUCUUGGCCAAAGUACUUUACGCUCGCAGUCUCGUAUCCGACAGUAAAUCGAAGUGGCUAUGUGCCCCUCAACUUGGAAAAUGGAUCUUCUGUAAACAGUGGGAACUGUGAUGCCACUGAACUAAGUUUUAAUUCGUUGGUCAUAUAUCAUUUAUCUAUCGAGCUAGAUACGUCACGUUUUCGUAUCUUGAAAAGUUUAGCCCACAUUUUUCAUGUUCGUCGUAUGUAUUCCGUGUUAAUCUUCUCCAUCUUAACCAUCCGUGCUUCUUUAUGGUUUAUUUUUAUAUCUUUGGUGUUUUUCUGUUUUAGUAAACUACUAUAUUUAGGCACCCUUCAGUUUGUUAAAGGUAAUUUUUGCCCAUGGCCAAAGUAACUCAAAAUGCCGUGACUGAGCUCCUUAAGAAAUAGUGCAAAACGCAACUGUAAAAGAAUAAUUAAGGAGAGGUUAAACCACGAAGUCAAUAAGUCAUCCUUGUCCCAGAUGAUUACCACAAGGAAAGAAUGGCUUCUUAUCCAGUCACCAAAGCUAAACUUGGUACUGAACGCGCUUUACGUUACCACUACUAUCACGAAGGUUUGUGAAGGAAAAACCAUGAAGACUUUCCUUUACAAUAAAAUCGCCAAGAAAGAACCAUAAGUCGUUUCCUUACAAUCAAUAAAUCGUUUCACAUUAUAAAUCUCGAAUAUAACUAACUUGACACGGUGCAAGUUACUGUGAAAGCCUUUUGUAUACGCACAAUUAGCCUUGAUGUAUAAGCUGUCGACUUUGUUUGAUUUUAAUUGAAGGACUAUGACUCUGAAAUAGAGCCGAAAUAUUGUAAAAAACCUUUCUGUAUCGUAAUAAACCAAAACUUUGUUUUCACCGAUGUUGAGGCCCGAGUGCCAUAUAUACUAAAGGCCUUUCUAACCUAGUUUGCGAGAGCCCUAAUGGACAAUUUCGACCCUCGGACAUUUUUGUACGGACCUCGGGCCAAUAGUCCCCAACACAGCCCUCGCACUCGAUCAGUAAGAGGUUAUUAUAUAAAAAAAAGCCUAAAAAUCACGAUUUUACACAGCGUGGUUUAUCCAGUCGCUGAAAUGGGAUUGACAAACGCCUCAGAUAAUUUUCGUUUCUUGGUUGUCCAAAAAACCAAGCUGCAUUGGAUUAGCUAAUUCCCAGUACUUUAGAUAGGCUGUGAUUGUUUAGUCGAAAAUAUAAGUUUUUAUGGUCGGUAGAUUAGUAGCUAUUGUAUAUGCAAAUUAACUUUUACGCCGUUUGCCCUUGUAAACCGGAAUUCAUGAUCUCCUUACAAUAGAAUAUUCAGG